GCCAUCUUCAACAUUUCUCAGAGUGAAAAAAAAUAAGUGAGGCUACCUAAAAUACUGUGUGUGUAUUUGAUUUUCUUUCCUUUCUUCCCCCUCUGUAACAUCCCGCUUCUUGUGAUCCCUUUCUGUAUUCGUCUGUCUUUCAAAAAAAAAAGAUUUCAAUUUCAAAAGGGUGUUUUAUUUCUUGAUCUUGAGCAUAUUGAUUCAUAAAUUCAUAUUUUAUUGAAAGAAUCAAGCUCCCUUUUGGGUGUGUUUUUUGUUUUGAAAGCCAGGUGAUCCAGAAUAGAGAUCCCUUUUUUAUUGGUAUAGCUUUUAAUUGUUUUUUUGUCCAAUCAACCAUAAGGGCCUGUUUUUGAAUCCCUCAGGUUGGUUUUUGGUUCUUGAUUUAACAUAAAUCAUAUUUGUAGAAAGCUUGUAACUUUUUUUCUAAAUCUCCACCUGUUCUGUAGUUUUGAUAUAAGAUACAGGUAAUCUUAGCUUACUUUUUGUGAAUUCUUGAAUUUUCUUUUUGGUGUGUGUUUUGUUAUUAAUUAAUCAUGGCAGCUAUAGACAUAUACAGUAACAAUAGUUCAGUUUUUUCAGAUCCUUUAAGUGAAGAACUAAUGAAAGCACUGGAGCCUUUUAUGAAAGGUGCUUCUUCUUCUUCUCCUUCUCAUUCUUCUCCAUCUUUAUCUUCUUCUUCACCUUCAACUUCUUUUUCUUCUUUUGGUGAGCCCAAUUUGUAUACUGAUUUAUGCACAAUCCCAUCGACAAAUACCCAAAUGUUUUCUCAAGGGUAUUCUUGUAAUUUUAACCACAUGGGUUUUGUAACUGAAACAGGUUCAAGUACAAUUGGUCUUAACCAACUUACCCCUUCUCAGAUCUUGCAAAUCCAAGCCCAAAUCCAAUUCCAAAACCAACAACAACAACAACUUCAACUCCAACUCCAACAACAACAAACCUUAGGGUGUUUGUUAACACCAACUCCAACAUAUCCUAAGACAUUAAAUUCUAGUUCAAACUAUCUUGGUCUGAAACCAGUUCAAAUGAAGCAAACUAAGCCUACUAAACUUUAUCGAGGUGUUAGACAACGUCAUUGGGGAAAAUGGGUUGCUGAAAUUAGACUUCCUAAAAAUAGAACUAGGCUUUGGCUUGGUACUUUUGAUACUGCUGAAGAAGCUGCUUUGGCUUAUGAUAAAGCCGCCUAUAAGCUAAGAGGUGAGUUUGCUAGGCUUAAUUUCCCACAUCUAAGGCAUCAAUUAAACAAUGAAUUAUCUGAUUUUAAGCCUUUGCAUUCAUCUGUUGAUGCUAAACUUCAAGCCAUUUGUCAAAGCUUAGCUAAUCCCAAGAAUCCCAGUUCAGAUGACACGUGUACUAAUAAAUCUGAAGGCAAAUCAAGAAAGUCAAAGCCAAAAAAGUCGGAAAUCAUAGUUGAAGAUUCAGUGAGAGAUGCUAAUGUCAAGUUUGAGGCUGCCACGUCAUCAUCGUCAUCAUCAUCUUCACCUGAAUCAUCAUUAUUAACAGGAGCAUCUUCACCUGAAUCUGAUAUUACUUUCUUGGAUUUUGCUGAGCCAUCUUUUGAUGAGUCAGAAAACUUCUUUUUACCAAAGUACCCUUCAGUGGAGAUUGAUUGGGCAGCUCUUUGAAGUUUGUAGUUUUACCUUUUUAUUUUAUUUCUUAUGUUGUAAUCUUUAGGUUUUUAUAUUAUGUAUUGUGUCAGGUAUAUGGCCUUUUUGCAAAUGGGGUUUUUGACAUUUGCAAAGGUUGGUCUAGUAGUUAAUGGGAUUUAGUUUCAUGUUUAUAUAGAGUAUGUAAUAGUAGUAGUGGUAUUAAGGUCACUCUCCAUCUUGGUUAUGCUGUGGUUUUUGUAUAUGCAUGACCAAGGGAGAGUUUGUAUGUGUCUUGUUUAUUUCCUAGCUUAUAAUAUUACUAUAUCUAAUGUUUAGUA